AGGAAUGGGCUGGCAGUUGCACAAUUGCUACCGCAUGACGUUUACUGAACUUUUUUCUAAUGAAGAAUAAGAAUUAGAAGAAAGUCUGAAACCGUAUGAUGGAAGAAGCAAUGGAGAAAACCACAGAAAGAGGGGGAGACGCAGCUGUGAAAGGUGAAGCUGCCAUCAAACCAGAAUUCCUUACCACCAAAGAGAAGUUUCAUGGGUUUGUAGACUCGGAGUCUCAGGACUCUAAAGGAGAGAAGACCAGUGAUGAUAAUGUCACACCUGAACAGACAUCUGUGGAAGAACCUGAACCUAAAAAACUGAAGUUGGACUCUCAAGAGGGAAAAAAUGCAGAGAAAAGAGACAGAAAAAAAUUUCGGGGACAGAAUAAGUCAAGACCCCACACAAAGCCUACGACCUAUGAAGAAAAACGACUGUGUCUGUCAGUCCUUCAGGACAGAGAAUGCACCUAUGGAGACAAAUGCCAUUUUCUCCAUGACAUUGCAGAAUACAUGGCCUCUAAGCCCGCAGACGUCAGCGAGCGUUGUUACAUGUAUGACACAUUUGGAAAGUGUGAAUAUGGACUCGCCUGCCGCUUUGCUAAAGCACACAUUACACUCGACUUUAAAACUAUGGUGAAGGAAGACUUGGUGAAGGCGUAUGAAGGCAGGGUUAUGGUGAAGAACAGCUUGAGUAAAGACCUGCAGUAUCGUCUGCGGAAGCGUUCAGUCGCCUUUAAAAAGUCAGAGGAGUACCUGAAAACACUGUCAAACAACAAAGAGAAAAAGAAACAAGGCAAUGGUAAUGUAUGUGCUGCUGAAGUACCUGCAAACCUUAAAGAAGAAAACAAGCCUAUUUCUACUGAAGCACAGCUGCACACCAGCCCAGACGAACCUCCUCCUGUGAAGACUGUAGGUCCACUUACUGAUGUAGAUGUCAUCAAACUGCGCCCCUGUGAAAAGAAGCAGGUGGACUUCCAAGACAAGCUCUACCUUGCUCCUUUAACAACAUGUGGAAACCUGCCUUUCCGUCGCGUGUGUAAACGCUUCGGUGUAGACAUCACCUGUGGGGAGAUGGCCAUGUGCACAAACCUGCUGCAGGGGCAUCAGUCGGAGUGGGCUCUUCUCAAAAGACAUGAAAGUGAAGAUGUUUUUGGCGUGCAGGUCGAAGGUUGUUUCCCCGACACCAUGACGAGGUGUGCAGAGCUCAUCAACAGCUACACUGAAGUGGAUUUUGUGGACAUCAACUCUGGAUGCCCCAUUGAUCUUGUUUACAAAAAGGGGGGAGGCUGUGGCUUGAUGACGCGGACCAGAAAAUUUGAACAGAUAGUCAAUGGGAUGAAUUACGUCCUUGAUGUCCCUUUAACAAUCAAGAUCCGAACUGGGGUUCAGGAGAAGUCCAACAUAGCGCACAAACUCAUCCCAGAAAUGAAGAAUUGGGGCGUCUCCAUGAUCACUUUGCAUGGCAGAUCCAGGGAGCAGCGCUACACAAAGUUAGCUGACUGGGAUUAUAUAAACACGUGCUCCAAGCUGGCGAGCCCCGUCCCAUUGUUUGGUAAUGGAGACAUUCUGUCGUAUGAAGAUGCCAUAAAAGCGAGAGAGACCGGUGUUUCUGGGAUCAUGAUUGCAAGAGGUGCUCUCAUCAAACCUUGGAUCUUCACCGAGAUAAAGGAGAGCAGACACUGGGACAUCUCGUCCGGCGAGCGACUGGAAAUCCUCAAAGAUUUCACCAACUUCGGCUUGGAGCACUGGGGCUCUGACACUCGAGGUGUGGAGAAAACUCGCAACUUCAUGUUGGAGUGGCUCUCCUUCAUGUGCAGGUAUAUUCCUGUGGGCCUGUUGGAACGAGUGCCUCAGAAGAUUAAUGAAAGACCUCCGUACUACAUGGGCAGGAACUACUUGGAGACACUAAUGGCCAGUCAGAAUGUUGGAGACUGGAUCAAGAUCAGUGAAAUGCUGCUUGGGCCUGUACCGAAAAAUUUCAACUUUUUACCUAAACAUAAGGCAAACGCCUAUAAGUGAUUUUAUUUAUUUUAUUUUAUUUGUGUGUGAGAGACUUCUGAGAAGAAUCCAGGCCUGAAUCCUUGUGUCUGCUUUUUUUUAUGUCUAAAGAAAGCAAGAUCAAAUAAGAAUUUUUGUUUUAUAAAUGACAAGAGAUGAAAAAAAAUCUGUUUUUGUUGCAGUGAACUGCUGGGGUGUUUAACUUGAAAUAUUAUGCUAAAAACUGAUGCGCCACAUAAUGUGUCAUGUUUUUAUUCAGCU